AGGUUCACAGCUGGCCCAACCCAAAAAAACCGAGAGUCUUCUCUCUCUAAACCACAGUUGGCUUUAGGUUCACCAGCUGGCUCAACCGCAGGCGACCCGACCCGGACCCGCUUUACAGCCGGCUCUGUAAUUAUAGCCGGCUCUUUUGCAGAUUUUUAAAGGCCUCGGGUUUCUCUCUCCCCGCACAAACCAGCCAGAUCUGUUUCAUUUUCUCACCAAACCCGCGACCUCUCCUCUCCCAAAACUCACCAUUCACUCUCCCAAACACCAAAAUCUCUCCAAAUCUCCAAAACCCAUCCCUUAAACACUCAAAUACCAUCAAAUCCUUGCCUACCCAACACAAAAUCUCAAGCUUUUCACUUCAAUUUGUGUGGGAUCUGUUGUAUUUUUGGUAUGGCUGUUGGGAUUUCUCUCUCAUGGCUUCAAGAAGGGCUGGAAGUAAAAGGAGACAAGUGAGUAGUUCUAGCACCGGUGGUCAAGCUCAAGAAGAAGAAGUGAUCUUCCCUGGUUUGAUUAUCUUCUUAAUGGAAAAAAGGGUGAACCUAGGAAGAUACAUUUUCCGGAGCAUAAUCAAGCCUUACUCACCAACUACGAGACUUCCUCAUGGUGCUCUAAUUACCAGAUUGGCGAAGAGGAACAACAUUGAUCUUACAUCCUUUAGGUUCGGAACGGUUUCUACUGGGAUGACACUUACCAAAGCUUCUUUUGAGAAAAUGGACUAUUUGUUUAGAAAUGGCAUUUGGAUAAAGAAAGGGGAACAAGAAGGGGAUGAAGAAGGUGAUACAGAUCAAGAAAUGGCAGAACAAGGGGCAGAAGAACAUGAAGAUGACAGCCCAAGACCAUUUCGAGCCUCCAUGCAAAGAACUAACCGUGAAACCAUGGAGUUAAUGAUAUUUGAGAUGCAGCAGCUGCACAUCGACUUUUAUGGUUUCCAGACAUAAAUGAGAGGGAGAAUGACUAACGUGGAAGGAAAGCUUGAUCGGCUUGUUAACCAUUUUUUUCCUCCACCCCCACCUGAUGCCACCUAACUUGAUAUCUCUUUAGUUUGGCUAAUCUUUAGGAUGGACAUCUUAGGGUUAUGCAUUUUAUGUUUUAUUUUACUAUGGAUAUGUCUUGAACCUAUUUAUCUUGUUUUAUGAAUGGAAAUGGCAUCACUUGUGUUAUCAGGCUUUGUGAAUGGUUGCUUAUGAUUUUGAUGAUACUAUGCUCUUAUUGAGGGGGAGUUUAUUAAUUGAUAAUUAUAUUCAUUACAUAUUCUUGAUGCUUUAAAGGUUGAUAGCAUGAAUUAAGGGGGAGCAUUUUG